AUGGCGGCGGCCGCGCUGCGGUUCCCGGCGGAGGAGAUGGACUUUGAGGACGUGGCCAUCGCCUUCUCCCAGGAGGAGUGGGGGCUCCUCGAUGAGGCUCAGAGACUUCUGUACUGCGAGGUGAUGCUGGAAAUCUUUGGACUUGUAGCAUCUCUUGGUUGUUGGCAUAAAUUGGAAGCUAACGAGGCCCCUUCAGAGCAGUGUGUGUCUGUAGAAGGCAAGUCACAGGUAAGAGCUUCCGAGACAGCUCCAGGAGCCCAGAGGACUGACCCCUGCGACCAGUGUGUCUCGGUGUUAAAAGAUAUUUUGCACCUGACUGAGUGCCAAGCAGUAAACCUUGAAAAUAAAACGUUCUUCAGAAAUGUCUCUGUGAGGGGCCCCAGCUUCAGUGCAGACUUUUUACAGAGGCAUGCCAGUGGGGAGAAGCCCUGGAGAGGAAACGUGGACAAGGAUUGGUCAGUGACCAGGGACAGCUUCUGUGUAUCGGGAACGCCUUUCACAGGUCAGGAUGUUGGGGCAGAAUGUCCAGCCACCUCAGACCUUCUGCAGCUCCAGUCCGCUCUUACCACUGAGCGGCCACACGGUGGCAGGGAGAGUGGGCAGGCCACUCCCAGUGGAAAAAGUCAACAUGCGUUGGGUGAAUGUGAGAAGGCUGCUCUCCACAAUCAGAACCUUGUCCAGCGGCAGAGGAUCUGUUCUGGAGAAGGGCAUCACGCGUGUAGCAAGUGCGGGAAGUUCCCUCAACACGGAAGGGUUCCCACGGGAGAAAAACCGGAUGUGUACGGUGCCGGUGGGACGCGCUUUCACGGCGGAGACUUCCUCAUCGCACCUCGGAGCGUUCCUACUGUAGAAAAGCGUUAUGAGUGCAGUGAUUGUGGGAAAUGCCUCGGCUACAAAAUUGACCUCAUUAGACACCAGAGAAUUCAUACUGGUGAAAAGCCCUAUCAAUGCAGCGAUUGUGGGAAGUCCUUCAGACAAAGCUGUGCCCUCAUUCAGCACAAAAGAAUUCAUACCGGGGAAAAGCCAUAUGAGUGCGGUUAUUGCGGGAAGUCCUUCCGACAAAGGACUAACUUCAUUCUGCACAAAAGAGUGCACACUGGAGAAAGACCGUACGAAUGUAACGAAUGUGAGAAAUCAUUCACCCGCACCUACAACCUUCUUACACACCAGAGGAUUCACACUGGAGAAAAGCCCUAUGCGUGCAGCGAUUGUGGGAAGUCCUUCAGAGAAAGCUCCACCCUCAUUAAACACAAAAGGGUUCACACUGGAGAAAAACCUUACAAGUGCAAUGAGUGUGGCAAGUCUUUUACACGCGCAUCUAACCUCCUCAGGCACCAGAGACUUCACACUGAAGGAAAGCCUUAA